UUUCAUUUUAAGAGUCAGCGACUGACUUUAUUGCGUUUGUUUUCAUUCUCAAGACCUGUUUGAUCAUUGACAGUUGAAGUGAUAAGUUAUCGGUAUAUUUAGCCACAAUUAAAGUUAAUCAGUUGUGAUUAUGACACAGAAUAGUGUUUACAGUAAAUGCAGUGGAUUUAAUGAAGCUGGUCUGUGUAGUCUUUGAUUCACUGGGAAGUUGUGACUGAACAAAUCCUAAACUCAAAACCACUGAGUUCAAAAUCUGCCGGACAUGUGACGCCAGUGAUUGCAAACGUUAAUCAGAGCUUGCUUCAGUCGUUUUCACAUGUUCUCCUGUGAGCAGGGCAACCGGUGGUACAGCUUAGAACAGAUCCUUCCUGCCAUUUAGGAAGCGCUUUGAAAAUGCUCAUCAAGAUUUAGCCUCUCUCUGGGUAAACAUCACUUUUGUGUGGUACUCCGGUGGGGGAGGAAUUUCCUUAAACCGCCGCCGCCCUGUCAAUUAUAAGCACCGGGCAAAACCUCGAUGCCGGGCCAUUCGGAGCGAGUGAGAGCAACACAAGUCAGGCUGGACAUGAGCUUAACGUCUGGACUGGGUGUGACUUCAUUCUUUCAAGUCAUACCUGUGUAGCAGGAGAUAAACGAGAAGAGCCCCAGACAGGAUUUUAAGGCUUAUCAGAGGUUUAGGUUGCAGGUGUCUCUGAAACACCUUUUGCUGAACCUGUUCUGUCGUCUGAUCGCAUCUGAGUCGAGUUUCAGACUCGACCAGCCGGUGUUUUUCCAAAGGCUGCCGCUUGUCUUUGGAAUCCGAGGCGCUAUCACUGAUUCAGACGCAGGAGCCGGGGACCAAACUUUGACCUGCAGAUCAGUCUCACUUUGAGUCAUGAAAUUGGGAUAACAGGUCACUAGUUUCUGUUUUCAUCCAGAGGCAGCUGUCACUCCGAGAAGGACAGGUUGAUAAAUCACCUGCUUCCCAAGGAUCUGUACCCGGGACACUGCUGCAAUCAUGGGGGAAUGGGGCUACCUCGGCGGACUCUUCGACACCCUCCAGGCCCACUCGCCGAUGCUCGGCCGUUUCUGGCUCCUGCUCAUGCUCGUGUUCAGGAUUCUGAUCCUGGGAACCGUGGCCAGUGACUUGUUCGAAGACGAGCAGGAGGAGUUUGCCUGCAACACCCUCCAGCCGGGCUGCAAGCAGGUGUGCUACGACAUGGCCUUCCCCAUCUCCCAGUACAGAUUCUGGGUGUUCCACAUUGUCCUCAUCGCCACGCCGUCUCUGGUCUUCCUCAUGUACGCCAUGCACCACCACAACAAGAGGGAAAGACGCAGCCAAUCCAGCAGCCAGCAGCAGAGAGAGGACCGGCGCAUUCGGAGGCUCUACAUCGUCAACGUGGCCUUUCGCUUAGUGGCAGAAGUUGGCUUCCUGGUGGGCCAGUGGAAGCUGUACGGCUUCAAGGUGGAGGCCCAGUUCCCCUGUAGCCGCUUUCCCUGCCCCUACACCGUGGACUGCUUCACCUCCCGCCCUGCAGAGAAGACCAUCUUCCUCUGCUUUUACUUCGCCGUGGGGGUGAUAUCAGCCGUUGCCAGCUGUGCCGAGUUUCUCUACGGCUCCAUGAAGUGGUUUUGCCUGGGCAAGAAGCCCUUCCCCGUAGAUCGCUCCUGCGACUGCCAGAACCUCCAGAACUGCAAGCAAGAGGAGGAGGAGGAGGAGCUGGCCAAAGGAAGGCCGGGGUCACAGAGUGCGCCCGGCAGUUUGAGGCUGAAGGGAGGUUUGCAGAGGAGCAGUCGAAAGGUCUCCAGCAUCGGCCACAAGCACAGGGGCGGCAAACAUGUGAGCUGCAAGACAUUCAUGGUAUGAGAGAGAGAGAGAGAGACAGAGAGAGAGAGCCUUGGGGCUGCAGGGGUGUACGGUCGUCUUUCUCUUUGUUAAUUUAUUGUUAAGUAUCUUUCUAAUUCCUGUAAUUCAAUGCAUUUCACUCUUAAAGAGCUGAGGGGUGGUUUAUGAUGUGAGACGUCAUGAGGAAAUGCUCGAGAGACAGGACUGAUGAUAAGACAGAUGCGUGCCAGAUAUUUGUGUCUCGUUUGCGUCAGUUAGUCAUAACAGACGACAAAGGACAGAGCGGAGCACACUGUGUAACAAUGACUUGAUCUUUGUUUUAAAGAGAACUGAUUGCACAUCCCUGUAUCACGUCCUGUGUGAUGGGAAACAAAAACCCUGAAGCAGUCUAGUGGUUUUGCACAUUGAAGUCAGAAUUUAUAAAUGACAUUGACUGUCUCUGAAACCUGGAAACCACCUUUAUUUAAACUCCUUUUAAGGAAAUAUGCUUAUUCACUUUCCUGCAGCAGCCACAGUUUGUCAGCUUGAAAGACUGGAGUUAGGAAAUAUAAUGAAAGUGUCUAAACUCCUCAUGUGGAUUCAUGAGGUGAUAGAGGGACUUUGAGUUAAACUGAACUAUGACACUAAACAUUUGUGCACUGAUUUUACUAAGGUCUUACGUUUGUCUAUUUACAUUUAUCAAUGUAAUAUCGACCAUAUUUGAUGUGUUGGUACAACUUUAUAAUAAUGCACCAUUUAUAAUAAAGGGUUUUAACUAAUUGAUAUCGUUGAAAGUUAGAAAUGUAUUUGAAAAAACUUUAAAGGUCUGUCAUAAGCCAUAAUUAAAAUCAACUUUUUUGCAUGACCAGGUUGUGAAAAGUGCCUUUUUGACUGAACCUCUGAUCGGACAGACGACUUCAGGAAAACAGCGUUAAAAAAUAAUUAAACUUAAUAUAUUUUUAACUUGUUAAGCAUCAUGAGCAGCGCACUCAUUGUAGUAUUACCAAACACAAUGGAUGAGCACCAGCUAAAAGGAAUUUCACAAUUUCUUCAACCCAAACGUUAUAAUGGCUUGUAACUGGUCUAUGAAUCAAUAAUAACAAUAGAUCAUAAAUAUUCACUAAAUGUUUAUUGGAAGCAGUUUAUUACGAUGGUAUUUCACUUUUCAGUCAAUCACAUUUCAAUGGCUGAUUUCAGGUUUGUAAUACUUUCUGUUGUAACACAUGUAACCAUGUUUGAAUGUAUGAACAAAUAUUGAUUUCUAUCUACUGUGAAGUUCACGUUCCCACAAUUCAGUUGUCCGCUAAAAUGAUAUCAUGCAACGGCUGCAAGAAAUGGUGGAAACACGUUUUAUCCUUCGGUUUAAAUUCUAAAUUCAAGGAGGAAUUGCACUGUGAUGUCUCUCUGCUCUAAACUGCUUUGUCAUGUUCAUCAGUGUAAAUGAAAAAAACAAACCUGUUUUAAUGGUCUUAAUGUCUCCUGGUGACUGUGCAGAUCUGAAUAUAGAGUUUAGAAGAAUGUUUUCACAUUCAUCUGCUGAAGAGGGGAAAUCUUUAACCUCAUUUUUUUAACACAAACACGUUAUUACAAACAUUAUAUAUGAUUUACAACACAAUGUAUCUUUGUAUUCAGCUGGAACAUGUUGUGUCCAGCACUUAAACUGUAUAUUAAACAAUUUGCUGCAGAUUCA